AAAAGGGUGGAUUUUGACACAGGGGGCCGGGUGCGAGGUAUCAUGGAGGCUCAGUUAGCGCGUAACAGCCGUUGAGUGUGGGAAAGCUGCGGAGUUUCGGCAUUCUUUUUUAAAUUUAGUUUCCCCCCCUCUAUUUUAGAACUUUUUGUGUUGAUUUUAGAGAUGGAGAUGAAGAAGAGAAUUAGUUUAGAAUUACGGAACCGGACCCCAGCUAAGCUGGCGGAGCUGGUGGUGGACAAUUGUCGCUCCAGUGAUGGUGAAGUGGAGGGCCUGACAGAUGACUUUAAGGAGCUGGAGUUUCUCAGCAUGGUCAAUGUUGGCUUGACUUCCUUGGCUAAGCUGCCUUCGUUACCCAAACUGCGCAAGUUGGAGCUCAGUGACAAUAGCAUCGCAGGGGGCCUGGAGGUGCUCUCGGAGAAGUGUCCCAAUCUGUCCUACUUGAACUUGAGCGGGAACAAGAUAAAGGAGCUCAGCACAGUGGAAGCGUUGCAAAAUCUGAAGAACCUGAAGAGCCUGGACCUGUUUAACUGUGAGAUCACCACUCUUGAAGAGUACCGGGAGAGCAUCUUCGAACUGCUCCCCCAGGUCACCUACCUGGAUGGAUUUGACCAGGAGGACAUUGAGGCUCCAGACUCCGAAGGAGACGAUGGAGGUGAUGAAGAUGAUGACGACGAGGAAGAAGCUGGUCCUACGGGAGACUGCGAUGAUGAAGAUGACGAUGAAGAAGAUGAGGGCUCCGAGGGUGCAGAAGAUGUUGGCUUGUCCUACCUUAUGAAGGAUGAGAUCCAGGAUGAAGAGGACGAUGACGAUUAUGUUGAAGAGGAAGAGGAGGAAGCAGAGGGUGAAGAUGGAGCCCAUGGGGAGAAAAGGAAGCGAGACCCGGAAGAUGAGGGGGACGAUGAUGAAGAUGACUAACCAAUCCUGCAUGACCCCGAAUUAAGAUGUAGAACAGCAGUUUGAAUUUACCGAUUCAGUCCUUUGUAUACCAUAGCUAUCACUGUAGAAACUACGUGUUUUUUAUGAGUAUAUAUAAUAUAUAAAUGAAAAGUUUCGAAAAAUCAUUUAAAUCAUUCUGAGUUUUCUUCUUUUUUUCCCUUCUCCCCCCUCUCUCCUUCCCCUUCUAAUAUCUUGUUAAUUUUGGGGGGGGGGUUGGGUGUUAAUCUGGAACCUUAAGUGAAUGACUGGUUGCAUUUAGGGAUGUAAAGUUGGUUUGCUUCAUGCCUUUCCUUUAGAUUGAAAUAAGACGAUUUUUGCCUUUUUCACUUGUUCGUUUUCAGGUUAAACGUUAUAAGAUCUUGCAUCCGUGCGACGCAGUGAUAGUUUUAGUUGUGUUUUUUUUCUUUGUUUGCCGUUUUGAUUUCUUUUUCUUAAAGCGCAUCUCUGCGGCAGAGAUGCUCCUCUGCAUUCUAAGACGAACGGGGAUCUGAGCUCUGCCUGCCACCAUCACAGGACUGCAGCUUUCGGGUAUCAGCUGAAACACUUCACUCACAUGUCGAUCUUUUACUGUGUUUAGAAAUUUGCUUGCAGGUCAUCUUGCUUUUUUUUUUUUUUGUAAAUGUGCUUCCCCCCCCUCCAUAUUAAGUAUAGUAUAAGAAACGCAUCCGCUCUUUGAUUAGUCAUACCUACUGUAAAGGAUUUUUCAUCAUGUCUUUGGGGUUGGUGGGGGGAACAUUUGAGGUACUGGAAGGUUUUUAGUCAUGUUGACCCUUGCUAGUUGCACUGUUGUAAGGGUACAAUCUUUGACCUAUUUAACAAAAAAAUAAGCUCAGGUGGACCAGAUUUUUAAAGGCUUUGUGGAUCGUCAGGAUUAUGGUCGUCUCUCUGUCCUGAUGCAAGCUAAAUACCUUUUCUUAAGCAAUGGAAAAAUGUUUUGGGGUUUUUUGUAUUAACAGAGCUAGACCUUUAAAUUGUUUGUAUGUCGAUAUGUAUAUAGUAUGUUCCAUGUUUCUGAGUUGUUUUCCCCUCUCUCCCCUGUCUUUUGGUCUUUAAAUUUUAAAGCACAUCCAAGCAAUCCAGACCCUAAACACUCACUAUACUAUUUCUGUUCUCUGCUGUUGUGACAGUUGUGUGUUUGGCAUUUGUGUGCUGUAAAAUUUGACAAUUUUUAAAUUAAAGAAACAUUCUUUCGGA